GUUUUCUCAGUAGGCGAGACAAGAGAAGAAGCUACGAUAGUAGCCGUUUGUUAGCCUUAUGUACUAAACAAUUUCGCUUUCAGCUGGAUGGAGGAAAACACUUCCGACUGUUAUUAAGGAAGGGUUUCCAGAGGACCUUCUGCAGACACCUCCCAGAUCAUCAUCCUCCUCAGUUUUGGAUUUGAAGAUGUAGCUAAGAGUGAAGUGGGUCAUCUCUGCAGCACCUCUCCAUUUCCAGGCAUAAGCAGUGACUUCUGACCUCCACCCUAACUCUGGAAUAUUUGGCCCCUAACCAGGGCUGCCUAGUGCGUGACUCGGCCGUCCUCAGUCAGUCCGUCCCUGGUUGAAGACCCUGCUGUCCUCAGCCAUGCUGUUCUCCCUGAGGGAACUGGUCCAGUGGCUGGGCUUUGCCACCUUUGAACUCUUCCUCCACCUGCUAGCUCUGCUGGUAUUCAGCAUGCUGGUUGCUCUGCGAUUUGACAUGUUCACCCCCUCGCUGAGCUGGUGGCUUGUGUUCGUCCCGCUGUUCGCCGCCGACGGCCUCAGCACCUACUUCACGGCCAUUGUGUCCAUCCGUCUUUACCAGGAGAACGAGAAGCGCCUGGCAGUGCUGCGGCUCCUCUGGGUGCUGACGGUGCUCAGCCUGAAGCUGGUGUGCGAGGUGCUGCUCUGUCAGAAGCUGGCGGAGCAGGAGCAGGCCAGAGACCUGUGGUUCGGCCUCAUCGUCUCGCCGCUGUUCAUCCUGCUGCAGCUGCUGAUGAUUCGAGCGUGCCGCGUCAACUGAAGAGAAGCAAUUAGUGGUUCACAUCAACAACCAAACGGGAAGAGAAAGCAAUCUUUUUCUGCCAUUAGAGAUUUAAAGCAUUACAAUGGUGUCUUUUUGCUUUUGGCUCAUCGCUAUCUUUAUUUUCUCCUAUAAAAACAAUCCCAAAACAGGUCCAAAAUACAGUUUGAUUACAUUUGUGCUCCUAAUUGCUUAAACAUGAGCAAAACAUCUUACUAGCAUAAGUGAAAAGUGAAAGCUGUUGUAGCUGCACCAUGGUAAUCAAAACAAAAAAAAAGCCGUUGCCAUAAGUGAAAAGGAAAAAGAUCCGUCCCUUGGUUUUUAAAAAAUCGGGUCAAUAGCUUUUCUGUAAUCCUGGACGAACAAAGCCUCAUACUAAAACCUGGUGAGUGUAAAUAAAUGAAUAAUUAUUUCGGCCAUGUAAACAUAAUUAAAAGUAACAAUUCCUUUAGGGAACCUUUAGUUGAUUCUGAAGACUGAAUGGAAGUAAAAUGUAAAAUAUUGUACGUCAGUCCUUUUUUCAUCAGGGUCAAAUCUGACUUUGCAUUUUUGAUACUUGUACGGAUACAAAGGGGUCCUAUAGUAGUACAUGUGUAUUUGGGACAAGCUGUGCCUUUUACAUUGUGCAAUCAAUGAUAGACAAUGAGCCAUAAGGAAAAUGUAUACCAUAGAUAUGUUUUAAUGCACAUGUGCACACAACACAUGUAAAUGUAAUAAACAUCUAAGAACCGAAAGGCUGUAAUGCCCCGGGCCCCUUUUGGGCACCUGUGAUGGGUAACAGAGCUCAAGGAGUUGCGACAGCUGUUUUUGCUUUUUCACCCACAAGAAGAAAUUGCUUGCCAGCUAAAUUUGGUUUAUUAUCAUGCGUCUCACUUUGUGGCCUGUUUAUAGGGAGUCCCACCCCAGAGUUGCCUAGCGUGUCACUUCCAUCAGUGGGAAUGGUCUGAAAGGCAGGAAGCUGCUUCUGAAGCUUCUCAUUGUACAAGAAGUCCACUGUGUGCACACGUCUCCCUGAAUAUUGCUGUUUAUUUGUACUAUAUGUAAUGUACGUGAUGUGAGUUCGAUCCUGCUGUGUGUAUGGACUGCAUGUGUUCAAGGCCUCAUUUUAAAAGUAAUUCCCUAUGUGAAAUAUUGUGUCAUAUGUAUAUGUUGAUUUUUGAAGGAAAUUCACCAAAUCUUAUUUAUGUUCUUGUUAUUGCACCUUUUAUUGUCUUCUGUAUAUACAUGUAAAUAAACCAUCAACAUGUA